AUGGAGCCAACAUCACAACAGGUUCCCAACUCGACAAAUUCGCAACCAGCUUCUGUACCGACCAUGGCCUCGCCAGUGCCCCUCCUCCGUCCUGCGAUGCCUGGGGGUGCUAGGUCCAACAGCGGCUCUCGGACCCCAAGACUCGGUCUCGCCAUCCCCCCUUCUCCCAAUGCAAAGCCCGUCGUCCAGCCUCUCCAGGCCGUUCCUUCGAGGCCUCCUCUGCCCACCCUCCACCUCGCCACGCCCAAGGGCAGUCAAGUCACGCCCUAUGAACAGCCCCCGAGACUCAUUACCGGUUCUCAACCCGGUCAGUCGGCGAGUGGGGGGAGCGAGAGCAGCGCCGCCCACUCAAGGUCGGGCAGCUUCGGUCCCCUCGACGGCCGUGCCAGCAACCCCACGUCGGCCGGCUCACAAUACUCCGCCCUGUCCUUCGCUUCAAAUUAUGGCAUCGGAGCGCCGAGGCCGCAGGGUACGCCGGACCCCGCCUCCGCCGUCGGUUCCCUCUAUUCCGAAAGGAGCGAGGGCGGUGUCGGCAUGGAGAGGGACAACAGCCUGCAGGGUCUCGAGGCCUUUGAUAAGCUGACGCUGGAGCGCGCGAGGACGUUGGACGUGGAGGACCUGGACGACGAGGGCUGGCGGAUUGCCAGCAUGGAAAACAGGGUCAUCCAGCUGGGCAACCUGGGCGAAGGUGCCGGAGGUGCCGUGACCAAGUGCAAGCUGAAGGGCGGCAACACCGUCUUCGCCCUCAAGGUCAUCACCACCACGCCCGACCCCGACGUCAAGAGGCAGAUCGUCCGCGAGCUCAAUUUCAACAAGGAAUGCGCCUCGGAGCACAUCUGCCGCUACUACGGCGCCUUUGUCGACCCUGCCACGGCCACCAUCUCCAUCGCCAUGGAGUGCUGCGAAGGCGGAUCCCUCGACAGCAUCUACAAGGAGGUCAAGAAGCUGGGCGGCCGCACGGGCGAGAAGGUCCUGGGCAAGGUCUCCGAGGGCGUGCUGAGCGGGCUGACCUACCUGCACAGCAUGCGCAUCAUCCACCGCGACAUCAAGCCCUCCAACAUCCUGCUCUGCCGCACCGGCGACGUCAAGCUCUGCGACUUUGGCGUCUCGGGUGACUUUGGGACCAAGGGGGAGGCCAACACCUUCAUCGGCACCAGUUACUACAUGGCGCCCGAGCGCAUCACGGGCCAGAGCUACACCAUCACCUCCGACGUCUGGUCUACCGGUGUCACCUUGCUCGAGGUCGCCCAGCACCGGUUCCCGUUCCCCGCCGACGGCACCGAGAUGCAGCCUCGUGCGGGUCUCAUUGAUCUUUUGACCUAUAUUGUCCAGCAACCCAUUCCUAAGCUCAAGGAUGAACCCGACGCCAAGAUAUUCUGGAGCGACAAUUUCAAGUAUUUCAUCGAGUGCUGUCUCGAAAAAGAACCCAACCGCCGUGCCAGCCCUUGGCGGAUGCUCGAACAUCCCUGGAUGGUCGAAAUGCGAUCCAAGCGUGUCAACAUGGCCAAAUACCUUGCCCAAGUCUGGGGCUGGGAUGAAGUGGCAAAGAAGCCCGCCGAGUAA